AAGAGGACAACUGACGAGUGUCCCGUCCUCUAAUAGCUUAGUAGUAGUCCACGAAACUGUGUAACGAAAGCAAACGCCCUUGACAACAACACAGCCAUUACACGUCGGUCUGGUUUUCUCGAACGUGAAUCAAGGACUAAUUCGUCAUGGCGAACUGGCUUCCGUCUACUAAGCGAUGGCGUUUUCUUAUAGUGUGCUGCGUGAUGUGUUUUGGAAUGUUGCUAUAUUUCAGUGGCACGUAUAACGGGCAAAAUGCGAGUGACUUAUCGAGACUUGCAUUACGCCGUUAUAUCCAACGGGUACUUCCAAGGAUCCCAUUUGUGGGAAGCCUUUUUGGUGGCAAGUACAAGCAAAAAUUGCUCUUCGUGCCCGACUCCUCGCCCGACGGAUAACGAACAGAAAGUGGGUCACACAAUCUCAGAAGCUGCGCUCUUUCGAUUUCUACUCAACGAAGAAAAUUUGAAACGGCAAAUAGAUGAAGCUGAAGCAGGAAUACCUAAAAUGCUGAACGUUUUAAAAGACGUCGACAAGAAUUGGGAAAUCAAGGAAUUCGAAACCCACCAAAGCAGCAUGGGCUCAGCGAAAACUUGGUUCAAUGCAUUUCACGUGUUCAUCGUAUUCAAGACGACAAGUGAAACAGAUGGAGUCUAUUGGUGGUCACUAGAAAAGGGCCUGGACUACAUUACUUUACAACGGUCCCGCAAAAAAGAAAAUGUCAAGGACAAGUUGAAAGGCAAACAGCGGACAAAAGCGAAACCCAUCACAGAUGUUUUAAAAGGAAAAGGUACGAUUAAAGAUCUGUUUGCAAUACUUUGGGCCAAUCAGAUCAUUCCAGGAAAGUACAACAUCGUCAAAUCAAACUGCCAGUCAUUGGUCACUUUCAUCGGCCAGCAAACUACCGAAAUAGGAUACAAUUACGAGGGCUAUUUCCCGUACUAUCCUCCUCCUGGAAAAGGCCGGGACAAAAAAAUUUUGGAAUUAAUCAACGUCAUAACAGGUUGUUCUGAUGAUUGGUCCCCUUUAUUCCAGCUCAUUAAAAUGGGAAGUACCGAUCUUGUUAAUAUAACAGUAGCGAUUGGCAAGUACGACAUCAACAUCGACACCCCACUUCACCUGGCGGCCCAUGAAAAAGAAAUUGAAACAAUCAGUCUAAUUCUGGAAAAUGAACAAGUCGAUAUUAAUAGUCGUGGCAACUAUGGACAGACCGCUCUCCAUCAUGCAAUCCGGUUCAGAAUGCCGAACACUGCUCGCUACCUGCUGAAAAAAGGUGCCGAUCCCAACGCUGCCACUGAAAACGGAGCCACUCCACUUUAUCUGGCGGCCAAAACUUACUAUCACUACAUGACUAAUACAGAACUCAUCGACAUCAUUCUGGAAACGGGAAAAUGCAACAUCAACGGAGUUGACAACUAUGGAAGGACACCUCUCCAUUACGCAAUUGAAGGGUACAUCCCUGGUACAAUCAAUGUUCGUCGUCUGAUUAAAAUGGGAGCAGACCCAGGCAUCGCUGACAAGAAAGGAGUCACACCUCUUCACAUGUCAGCGAAAAUUGCAAAAUCGCUGGAUCUCAUUGAUGAGCUACUCCUCAAAGUCAAAACUGUAGCCGUGGACGUGAAUGGUGUCGACAAACAAGGGCUUACUCCUUUCGCUUAUGCUCAAGACAACAAACACGGACUAGGUCGGAGCAUUAUCGAUCGUCUGAAGGAAUAUGGCGCAAAAAAUUAG